AUGGCCAAUUUCGAUCUCAUUGUGGUUGGUGCAGGUCUCCACGGCAUUGCAGCCUCUCGGUUCUAUCUAGACAUAAACCCAAAGUGUCGACUUGCCAUUUUGGAGGAGGACACAUGCGUUGGUGGAGUAUGGAGCUCAUCCCGGCUUUACAAUGGAUUCUGGUCGCAGAGUGGGUUGCGAAUGGCCGGCUUCUCGGACACUCCUCUCACUCUCCCUCCGGAGGCUGAGACCUACCACGACAUCUUCGAAGCUAAAUACGUCACCAAAUACCUCGAGGACUACGUCGAUAGUCACAAAUAUAAUGGCUUAACUUUGCGAGACAGAGUGAAAUUCGGCUUCAAGGUUGAAAGUAUCCGAAAGGAAGGAAAAUGGAGAGUCUCGGGUCAGCGUAAUGACAAAGUCGAAACCAUCUGGUCAUCCAAGCUUGUUGUUGCCACUGGCCAUACGUCACUCCCUGUCAUGCCGGAUUUACCUGAGCAAGCUAGAUUCAAAGGUCCUGUACUGCAUCAGAAAAGUUUUGGGAAAGCUUCGUCUACCAUUCUUGCUUCUUCUUCAUCAUACCACAAUGUUACGAUCCUUGGUGGCGGGAAGUCUGCGGCUGAUAUGGUUUACGACUCGGUCAAGGCUGGGAAAACCGUGAGCUGGAUCAUCCGUCAAACAGGUGAAGGUCCGGCUGCAUUUGCGGGUGCUGCUGGGAAAGGCCCAUAUAAAAAUGGGCCGGAAAUUGCAGCGACCAGGAUGAUUUGUGCAUUAAGCCCCUCCUGUUUCUCUCCAGUCACAUGGUGGACCAAGACUAUUCACGGUUCAGAGUACGGGCGCAAGUUAAUUGCUAAGAUUUGGCUCGGAGCUGAUCAAGCAUGUCGCGAUCUUGCAAAAUUUCAGAGCAGAGAAGGAGCGCGGCCAGGUUUUGAGAAAUUAGAGUCGACCACUGCGAUAUUCUGGUGUACAGGCCCCAUUGGGAUGAUUCAACACGAGGACUUCUGGGACACUAUUGCGAAAAACGUUUCCGUAUAUCGCAGCGAUAUCCGCGCGAUGCGGCCUAACAGUAUUGUCCUAAAAGACGGAUCAGAAAUCGAAUCUGAUGUCCUUUUCUGCGGCACUGGAUGGAGUCGGCACUACCCGUUCCUUGCAAAAGACCAGAUCGUGGAAUUCGGCCUCCCGCAUGCUCCUGAAGAUGAAGAAGACGCCGAAGAAUCAAGCAAGUGGGAGAAUCUUCUGAAAGCCGCAGACCACCAAGUCAUUGCGCAGUUCCCACAGCUUGCCCAUCCCCCGCCUCACUUUGAACGUCCGACGAAUAUCACAGCUACCAGGCUGUACAACUGUAUCGCGCCAUUGGAGGACAAAACUAUAGCCUUUCUGGGCGAUAUCGACCUGUCCAAUUCGUUCCGCACCGCCGAAGCCCAAGCCAUCUGGCUAACGGCGUACUUCGACGGCAGGGUCGAGCUACCACCACGAGAGGAGGCUGAGAAGGAGAUCGCAUACAUGGCUGCCUUCUCCAAACGAAGAUAUCCCUCUCACGGCGCAACGGGAAACUACUUCCACAUGGACCUGAUCGGCUACACGGACAAGCUGAUGAAGGAUGUGGGUUUGGUGUCCCAUCGGAAGGGAUGGUGGCAAGAUCUCGUCUCACCAUGUCUGGCCAGCGAUUUUAAAGGCAUACGGGAGGAAUAUUUGUCAAAGUUCGGCUUGGCGGUAGAGAAGGAUUCGUGA